GCCUUGGUGUGGGACUCUUCAAAGCAGCGGACGAGCUCCUGUCAACGAGGAAAGCUCGAGGCACUCGGAGCGGCUGGAGCCUCCCCGGCACCGUGGAGCUGACAGCGGGACCCGGCACAAGCCAGCACAUCACCCCUCUCCCCGUGUCCCUGGGGAUUCAGUGGUGCCCUGGGAGCUCGACCUGCCCUGACCGGCCGUGGGACACGUCCGUGCACAGCCCCCCCAUCCAGCCAUGCUGCACUUCCUCUGGGACAGCAUCUCCUUCCAUACACUCCUCAUCUUCCUCAUUGUCUUCCUGUUUGUCGCUGACUAUAUGAAGAACAGAAACCCAAAGAACUUCCCUCCCACCCCUUUACGCCUUCCCUUUGUAGGGCACCUUUAUUUGAUGGACUUCAAAGAUCCCCGAGUGGGAGUGAAGAAGCUCACCCAGCUUAAUGAAAAAUAUGGUGACAUCUUUGGCAUUUCCAUGGGCAGCAUGAAGUUUGUGAUGGUAAAUGGGAUUCAGCUGGUUAAGGAAGUGCUUGUAAACCAAGGGGAGAACUUCCUGGAGCGCCCAGAAGUUCCUACUGAAAUCUUCAGCAAGAUGGGACUGAUCUCCUCCAGUGGGCACUUGUGGAAGGCACAGAGGAGGUUCACCCUGAGCACCCUCCGAAACUUUGGCUUGGGGAAGAGGAGCGUGGAGGAGCGCAUCCAGGAGGAGUGCCGAUUCCUCGUGGAUGCCUUUAAGGAUGAGCAGGGGAAUCCUUUUGACCCUCAGUUUACCGUCACUAAUGCUGUUUCAAAUGUCAUCUGCUCCCUCACCCUCGGCAAUCGGUUUGAUUACCACGAUGAGGACUUCCAAAAAUUGCUGAAGCUGAUGUAUGAAACGACUGCCCUCCAUGGAACCAUCACAGCCCAGCUGUACAACUCUUUCCCAUCCAUAAUGAAGUUCCUCCCUGGAGCACACCAAACCAUUUUUAAAAACUCAAAGUUGUUGAAAAGCUACAUGGAAGAGCAGAUCAACAAGCACAAGGAGGAUUGGAACCCCUCGGAGAGCCGAGACUACAUCGACAGCUACCUGCAGGAGAUAGCCAAGGACAAGGGCAGUGACACCUUCCGGGAGGAACAUCUCGUCGCCUGCACACUCGACCUGAUGUUUGCCGGAACCGAGACCACUUCCUCGACCCUCCGUUGGGCUCUGCUGUUCAUGGCCUUACAUCCAGAAAUUCAAGCCCGUGUGCAAGCCGAGAUCGACGCCGUCAUCGGACAGGCUCGGCAGCCAGUGCUGGAGGACAGGAACAACAUGCCCUACACCAACGCCGUCAUCCAUGAGGUGCAGAGGAAAGCCAACAUUAUCCCUUUCAACGGGCCAAGAAUGGCAGCAAAGGACACAAUGGUGGAUGGCUUCUUCAUCCCAAAGGGCACUAUGUUGUUGACAAAUUUAACCUCUGUGAUGUUUGACAAGAAUGAGUGGGAAACCCAUGACACUUUUAACCCUGGGCAUUUCCUGAAGGAUGGGAAGUUCUGGAAAAGAGAAUCAUUUUUGGCAUUUUCUGUGGGGAAGCGCGCCUGCCUGGGCGAGGUGCUGGCCCGCUCCGAGCUCUUCCUCUUCUUCACAUCUCUGCUCCAGAAAUUCACCUUCCAGGCACCCCCGGACACCACAUUCAGCCUCCACCCCAUGAUGGGCAUCACGAUGGCCCCACAGCCCUACAAGAUCUGCGCUGUGCCUCGGUAGAGAAGCCUCAGCCACAAUCCUCACAGGGAAAAUCCUUUGUCAGGAGUGCGAAAUACAAGCCCUUGUCAACUCAUCUGGGCUGAUAAAAUAAAAAAUAGAAAACCCGCAAAAAAAUAAUCCCUCUGUUGCUUGGGAGCACUUUAUCCAAAGCCCAAGAGAAGGAGAAGCAGCAGAGAGUGUUGGAAGGGUCGUGCCUGUGGCAGCUCACCACUGGCUGUCAGGAAGGAAGUGGCUUUGUGGUGAAACGUCUCGAGUUCAACAUUUCCCCUCUGUUUAUGGCAAAGAUUUGUGUCUAUGCAUGAUGGGCAUGGACACAGUGUGGGGCUGAGGAAGUGGGUUGGGACAUGGCCCCCUCGGUGACGGACACACUGCUCCUGCCCAUUCCAGCUCCCUUUGGAUAAGAGUUCAUUAAACAUGCAACUUGUAAA